AUGGCGGCGGCGGCGGCCCGCGGGCGGGGGACGGGGACGCCCGGCGGUCGCGCCGGGGCCGGCAGCGGGCCGAGCACGCGCUCACGCGGGACGGAGGCGGGGCGCCGGGCCAGAGCCCGAACCCCUCCCCGCCACCGGGGAGACGCGCGCGGGGCCGCGGACGGCCAACGGCGAGCGGACGCCGGGGACCCGACCCACGCCCGGGGCACGCGCGCGCCAGGGCGGGGACGCGGCCGGCGGGGGUGGGGGGCGGCGGGAGACGACGGCGGCCCCUCGUCACCACACAACGCCACCGCCGGGGGGGCGGGGGCGAGCGGCGGACGCGGGCGGGAAGGCCGCAGCGGGCCCGGGAAGCGCCGGGCGCCCCGGGGAGCGCGGCACCGGGUCGGCAAGACGGACGACGGACGGGGGCGGGCUUUCGGGAAAGGCCGCGGACGGGAGACGCCCCGGCGGCCAGGGGCCAGCCAGGCGCCGGAGAACGGCGAGCGGGAGCGGUGGAGGAGAGGACCGCGGGCCACCGCGAGGGGCUUUCGGGAAGCCUCAGAAGGCACCUGGGAGGCCGAGGUCGGGCGCCCAGGGGCGCACGCGGGGUCCCACCGCCCGAGGCCUCCAGCGCAAGGGCGGUCCCGCGGCACCCGAGGACGCCGGCCCGGCCCCCACGGCGGGCCCCAAGCAACCUCGCGGGGCUCGGGGGCCCCAACCGCCACCGUUCACGCGACCGGUUCUCCCGAGAACGCUCUCCCGCACACGCGCAACGACGCCCAGCCCCAACACCCCCCGCGCGCCUCCCUCCUCCCCUUCCUCGGAGGACCGAGAGCACUUCGCCCGGGGACGGCCCCCCCCCGAGCCACGGCGGCCAAGGGGGGGGGGCAAGACACCCAACAGCGGCGAGGCCGGUUUCGGUCCACGGAGGGCGGAGUUAGGGGCGCGGCACGCGCGGCGCCCCCGCGACCGUGCGGUCGGGGGACGCGGGCAGGCGGGGGGGGCGGGGGGGGGGGGCGGGUCGGCGGCGACGGGGAGGAGGCGCACAGCGGGCGAGGGCCGGGAGAGCGCGUGGGGAAGGGCCGGUCCCGGGAAGGGCGCGCCAACGAAGGCGCGAGCCGGGCCACCGGGCGGGAGCUGGCCCGACCCACACGCGCCCGCCGAGCCACCGCCGGCGGCGACUCGGCUCGGGAGCGGGCGGCGGCCCAGACAGCCAGCCGGCCGCUAGCGCGGCACACACGCACACACACGGGGCGGCGCUCCGGGGCCGACAGGGCUCGCGGGGCGGGGGGCGGGAUCUCCGGCAAGGGACAGGCACAGGGCAACCCCGAGCGCUCGCGGCCGGUGCCCCCUCGAGGACGCCGCCUCCGCCUCGCCCGCGCACGGCGUGGUCACGUCACCGCCCAGAGGAGAGAGCUCCCCGCCUCCCGCGAGGCGGGCGAGAGAGAGGGACGGAGACGGGGACACGACCCGGGCACGGGUGCGCCUCCCUUGCCGACUUCUUCCACCACCCGCUCCUCGGACACGCCGACGACGGCGGCGGCAGCCCGAGGGGAGUCGCCGGGGAAGGAAACGACGCCACCGCUCGGCCUCAGGCACCUGAGGCGACCUGGAGCGCUCCAGGGGCACCACGGAGGGCCGGGCGCAACGCGCUCAAGCGCGCCCAGGCCGGGCGGUGAGCAGCGCGGCGUCGGGCCGGCCCUCCCCGCGGAGGAGGGGAGGGCCGCUCGCCACGGACCCAGGGCCUUCGGGAAAGGCCGGCGAGAGUGUCCGCCGCGUCCGAGGACCCCGGUCCCGCCAGCGCCGCGAGGCAAGAAGGCGGGAGGCCGGGGUCGGGCCGGAGUCCGCACCACCCCCAACCCCGGCGCGCGCCCCCCGCGCACCCGCCACGACGGCCGGGCGCGGAGGAGCCGGGGAGGGAGGGGCCCGCGGGCAGAACGAGAAGAGCGGUCGCAUCCGCCGUGGACGCCCGUCCCUCGUCUGACGCGGCUUAGGCCCGGCCCAGGAGAGCACGAGAUCACCACAUCGAUCGAUCGGCAGCAAGCUGCGGCCCCGAGGGGGCUUCCCGAGGAGCAAAAGCCCAGCGAGGACGGCGACCGGGGGGACCUGCUUCCGCCUCACCGGCAAGCCCCUCGACCCCCGGGGGGGGGGGGGGCAGGAGCGACCGGACAACCCCAGACACAGCGGGGGACGCCUGACACGCGGCACGGAGCCUUGCGAGACAGGGGUUGUCACGGCCAACGGCCGGGUGCCCACGGCAUGGAGCGCACGGGGGUAAAAGACCCACCGCCACCUGCCCACACCGCCCUCCCUCGGGUGCCGGAGACCGGAGGGCGACACCGCGACCCGGGCCACCUGGAGUCCAGCACGAGAGCCGGCGCGCAGGCCCAGGCGGACGGCUCAGGCUCCAGCGAGCGAGGACAGGGACCGGCUCGGCCGCGCGGUCAAGCCCGGAACCCCACCCGCGCCCAGAGGCCCACAUCUCUAAGGGAACCGGGGGGGGGGGGGGGAGGGGAGGAGGGGCGAUACGCGGUCGGUGGAGACGCCACGCCGCCACGCCGCCACGCCGCCACGCCGCCACGCCGCCACGCCAGUGAUCUCCGGGAGGAGACUUUGAAAAAUCAUCAAAGUUCUCCGGAGGCAGGCACCGUGCGGAGGCCGUCCCCCGCGGCCCUCAGGACCGCCCCGUGCCUACCGCCGUCCCCAACCCCGGCUCGGGCCAGGGGAGGUGGAGGGCCACGCGCGGCAGAGGCAGCCUCACCGGGAAUCGCCACCGGGGCCGGACGCCCGAACGGACGGCCCGCCCACCCCCGCGUGGCACCCGGUCCGACCGCCCGGGACCCACCUCCGCAGCGGGCCUCGGAACAAGGGGAGAAAAUCGCGUCCGACGCCCGGGACCCCCACACGUGCCCGCAGCCGGGUCUGUCGCGCCACCCACGGGCUUCCCCUCCAGGCUCAGACCGGUCCCCGUCGCCAGGGCGUGACCACGGGAGACAACCGAGUGACACGGAAGGAAGGCCCGAAGAUCGCCCGGAGCCACAGGACGGACGGCGGGACACACCCUGUCCCCCGCCCCCGAGGCGGCCCAGGUCGGUCCGCGCGGGCGGAGGAGGAGCCACCGGCGGGUGCUGGUCGACCCACCCAGGCGGCCCGCACGGCCUCCUCCGGGAGCGAGGCGGAGGCGACAGCGGCGACAGCGGCGACGGCGACACUCCCUCGCAGCUCCGGAGGUCCAAUCUCCGGCGAGCGCAUCGCGCGCCGAGGCCCCGGCGACAGCCGGACGCUCGCGCCGGAGCCGCCCUCCUCCUGGAACUCGGCCCCGGGAAACCGACACCAAAGCUGUUCCUUGCCUGUCGCCGCCGAGCCUCCGGAGGGGACACGCUCUAUAAAAGCGGCCGCCAGGUGGCACCCGACAACCGGCGCGAACGACAGCGGGACAGAUCCGGGCGGCGAGGCCGUCAGGGCGCCUCGGAUCUCGCCUCUCGGCCCGGGGACGGCGGAGGGCCCCGGGAGCACACGGCCGCGCACCGCGCGAACCCCCGUCCUCCCGGGGCGGGGGAGCCUUGGAAAACCCGUCCGUCCGUCCGUCCGUCCGUCCGGGCCCGCUGCCGCCCGGAAAGGGGGUCGCGCUCGCCGCGCGGGGCUCCCGGGACGACUCAGGCACGUUUCCGAGGUCAGGGAGGGAACGUAGAGCCGAAACCAGGCGAGGACUCUUAG